AUGGCGCCUCUCCACGCCGGAUCCACUCCGAGCUCGCCAACAAAACGUAGUACAACACCCUCGACCGCCUCAUCUUCUUCCCGCAGUCGAACUGCCUCGCCGACCAAGUCGUCGUCGAGCUCAUUGCACCGUGGCAGCGAGACCAGCAGCACCAGCUCGUCACUCAACUCGUCCGUGCGACCAAGUUCCCGUGCCGCCCAAGGGGGUUCAAACAUUUUCCCCGGCAAGACCAACAGCAAACUAUCCUCUUCCGUCACGCCCUCAAGUCCUAGCAAACGCGAAAGUGGACUGGGGCUGCUCCAGAGGACGACGCAGCCUUCGUCGUCGACUUCGACGCUGCGUCAACAAGCGAGCUCGUCGUCGAUCCCUCGCCUCGCGUCAAAGUACAGCCUGCUCAGUGAUAGGAACGCCAAUGCAGGCGAUGGACUGAGCGAAUCGGAUGGGGAUACAUCAUUCACUCUCUCGCAGGAAGGCUUCUCGGAAGAGGACGAGGAGGACAGCGCUGAUGAGAGGCAGCGUUCGAUCAAACCCGUGCGACGAGCUGGUUUUGGCGCACGACCUGUCUUGAGCUUUGCUUCCUCAGAGGCUUCUUCGAGGCGCUCCGUAUCUGUCUUUACCGACGAUGAGAGUGCGGCCUCGACCUACAAGAACUCUUCGGCGGGCGAUCCGGCGAGGGAGGAUGGCGACGAUGCCGAGGGCGAUGAGGAAGAAUCGGUCGACGGCAAAGCCGUCAACGUCGUCGUUUGCUUGCGGUAAGUCAGCGUCGCAACUGGGUGUCAUGGUUCUCUUCCUUUUGAUCUGAUGACCGUGAUUCUACAGUGUUCGACCCACGCGCAUGUCGAACCCGUCUUCCAACAUCUACAAAUACAACGCCCCGCGAUCGGUCCUCUCGUUCGCGCCAAACCACCCCGUCUUCGUCAAGCGAGGGGCGACGUCGAGUUCUCGUCCGGGCGAAUACGAAUUCACGUUCGAUCGGCUGCAUCUUGCGCCGGCGCCGAGUGAGGCGUUGUACGAUGCUAAAAUUCGUCCGAUCGUCAGGGCGGCGAUGAAUGGGUUCAAUGGGACCGUCUUUGCGUACGUCAGCAGAUGUGGGAGGUGCAGUUUCAGCUGGCCCGAGUGUUCGCUGAACCGAGUUCGUUCCAUCGUUCCCGCAGCUAUGGACAAACCGCGAGUGGAAAGACACACACGAUGAUGGGGACCGAGGCCGAGCCGGGCAUCAUUCCACUGGCCAUCGAUGAGCUGUUCACGUUCAUUCAUCGGGUGAGUGGCGUCGCGUCGACGACUUGUGGGACCUUUACGCUAAUACUGCUCUAUGUGCAGCAAAACGACUCUCGCUCCUUCUCCCUGCGCGUCUCCUUCCUCGAAAUCUACAACGAACAACUGCGCGACCUACUCAUCUCAAAUCCAAAAUCGACCAAACCGCUCGAAGUCGUCGGCGAGGACGGAACGGUCAAAGGCCUCGAAGAACGACCGGUGGCGAUGCCGUCCGAGGUCUUGUCGUUAUUGCACGAAGGUGAUCAACGAAGGAGGGUCGGCGCUACGGAUUGGAACGAGAGAAGUUCGAGGAGUCAUUCGGUGUUUGUGGUGACGAUUGAGAGUAUGCCGAGGAAUGGGGCUGGGAUGGCGAGGACUUCGAGAUUGGUGAGUAGCGGAUGGACUACUUUGGUGAAAACGACUUUGCUGACGCUCGGAAUCUGUUGGGUCAGAAUUUGAUCGAUUUGGCGGGAAGUGAAUCCGCCACGGGGCAAGACGACCGACGUAAGGAAGGAUCGUUCAUCAACAAGUCGCUACUGACAUUGGGUACCGUCAUCGGGAAACUGAGCGAGGGCAAGCAGUGAGUGCCACCCCCUUUCCAACACACUGCCAAAAACCCUUGGAAAUAACGUUCAAACUGGCGGUUGGUUUACAGUGCCGGAGCGCAGCAUAUUCCUUAUCGCGACUCCAAACUUACUCGUCUACUGCAACCGGCGCUAUCGGGCAAAUCGCGAGUCGCGGUUAUCUGCACCAUGUCCCCCGAUGCCGAACAAGCGACCGAAACGCUCUCGACGCUCAAAUUCGCCCGUCGUGCCAAGAUGGUCGUGACCAAGGCCGAACGAGGCGUGUUGAUGACCGAACAAAUGAUGCUCAACAUGUACGAGAAACAAGUUGAGGCUUUGAAGCAACAGAUUGCGCAGCGGGAAUCCGCAGUGGAGGAGAGCGAGUUGGCCAAGGAGAGGGAUCUGGCUGCUGCGCGCGCGGACGAGUACGAAAGUCGAAGCAAGAAGGCCGAAGACGAACUGGCGCUCAAGGAACUUGAGUUAACGAGGUUGAGGGAGCAGCUCGAGCAUACCAAAUCGUUCAUCUUGACGGGCCCUGUACUUGAGGCGAACGCGAGGAGGGUCUCGGUCGGUGGGGCAACUUUCCACAAUGCGGCGUUGAGCCCUUCGCGCGCCAAGAGGAUCGUCAGUGAUAUGGGUGGGUUCAACUCGUUGGGACUGGGGACUCCGAAAGGCUCUCGAGCGAGCUUUCGUUCAGGCUCGAACGCGACGCAAGCGGACAUGUCGAGAUCGGAGUCAGGGUCCUUGGAGCGCGAACACGAACUAGAACGACAACUCGACGAGGCGAAUCGGAAACUUGCGGAGUUGGAGACUGUUUCCGCCGAGGCCGAGUCGUUGCGCACCAAGGUCGUCGAACUGCAGCGAUCGGUCUCGCUGGCGAGAGUCAACGCUGAAACUUCGGCCACAGAUCGCAAGGAGCGAGUGAGGGAGCUUGAGGAGCGAUUACAGGAGGCAAGAGACCAAUUGAGAGACGCUGAUGAAGCGAAGGAAGCGGCUGCGAACAAGCAGACCGAGCUCAAUACCCUCCGACAAGAGCUCGAAGAGGCGCAACUGGCCAACACACAGCUCGCGACUGCUAAGGUUCGAGGCGAGGAGGCCGCGACUUCACUGGCGACAUUGCUCGAAACGACACGAGCGGAACUGGCCGAGGCGAAGUUGGUGGUCGAUGACAAGAGCGUCGAGCUAGAGAAGAAGUCGAGAGCGAUGCUGGAUCUCGAGGCCAAGGCGAGGGAAGCGACGAAGCAACUUAAUCUUGCGCAGAAGACAUCGCAGGAUGCCAUUGCCGAGCUCGAGAAGAAGUUGAUCAUCGCUCAGGAGGCGCAGAAGGACACGAUGCAGCGAAUCGAGGGCGAGCUCGGCGAGACAAAGCAGGAUCUCGAGACGUCGAGGAAAAGGACUGUUGAGCUUGAGGAACGGCUCGUCAAUUCUCGACAAGGCCAAAAAGAGUCGACGGUGAGACUCGAGAAAGAACUCGAGUUCGCGAAGGCUGCACUGGAAGCGGCACAGGUAACGAUCGCAGAAAUGGAGCAGACACUCGUUCUUGCUCGGCAAUCCCAUGAAAAAUCGACUUCACGCUUGGCAGCGGAGCUUGCGGCAGCGAGGACGGCGCUCGAACAAGCCAAUGCCUCGAAUGCGCAGCUCGUCAGCUCGGUCGAAGAAGAAGCCACGCUUGCGCGCAAGGAGCGGGACCUUGCGCUCGAUGCUGCGACAGCCGCCCAGACUCGUGUUGCAGAGCUCGAGGCCGACCUGAACCGACGAGACGAGGAGCUAGCCGCCGCCAAGACCCGGAUAGUGGACGACAAGCAAGCGCUCGAGACCAAGUCCGCUCUGAUCCUUAAGCUCACGACCGAACUCGCGAGCGUGCAAAGAGUUCUCACGGAACGCGAAGCCAAGAUGGAUCAUCUUCAACGCCUCGUCGAUCAACACAUCAAGCGUGAGGCUGAUAUGGCACAGUACGAAGCGAAUCGACGAGCGGGCACGGAUUCGUUGCAGGCACGACUCGCGGCGAUGCAGCAGUCUUCAGCGAGCAAGUCCUCGACGGGCCUAUCGUCGUCCCAGCGAUCGGCCAAGAGUUCUUCGGGCCUUCUCGCCCACGCUGGUCGAUUUGCGUCGGGCAAGGAUCUUGAGACCGUUGAUGAGCUACGAGUUCGCAACGGUGAACUCGUCAACCGAAUCGAAGAGCUCGAAAGGAUGCUCGAGCUGAGCGGAGGCGGCGCCUUGAACCGAUCGACUAGGUCGAGUACCCCUGUUCCCGGGCUCGGCACGCGAAGGUCGGGGAGCAUCGAUUUAGCCAAGGUCGUUGGUCCGGCCGAGACAUUUGAGAAGAAGGAGCUCAACUCGAUCAUCGAUACGCAGAAGAAGGAAUUGACCGAGUCCCAGGCUGCGCCGGACAGAUACAGAUUGGUGAGUGAUCGCAAUGGAAAUACCGUAUCUAUGAUCAUCAACCUAAGCCUCCUUUUUGACUCUUGCAGAAAUAUUUGGCCGCUCAGAAAUUGCUCGACAAACUCACGGCCUCGGUCGAGCCAUCUUCCCUCCGACCAGAACUACAUGAUCCGCGAUCACCCUUCGAAUCACCUCGCUCGUCACUCGCCGAACUGAACGGGUCAAGUGAGAAUCGACGACCCACCCUUCCCUCACGCACCACGACAAGCUCUUCUCCGUCGUCCACUUCCUCGAACCCAAUAACCUCGAUGCACCACCUUGGUCGCUCAACCUGGACGCGUGACCAACCCCCUCCCCUCCCCUGUUCCCCCCGCAAUGCCGAUAAAGAACGCCAACACCGUCGCGUUACGAUAGGGAAGGAGAUUGAGCAACUCAAGCAGGCCAAAGAGGUGUUGAAGAAGAGGGAAGGGUUCGAUACGCCACCUUCUUCUCCGACGAAGCUUUCGAGCGCGAGGUUCGGGGAUGACGGCUUUGGAACGUUGAGGAGUCGAAAGGAUUUGUUUGAUUGA